AAGUUCUCAAUUUCAAGUUGAACAGUUCAUACCGAUUUCACAACACAACAUGGGUGACGACGCUUACGAGUUUUUGGCUCCAGAUUUACUUGCCCCACCACCACCAUCUCAACAACCGGCAGCAGUUGCUCCGAGAGCACCACGCCCAGCACCUGGACAUCCCGCUCCGACGAAUGAGCUUCCACCUGUGUCGGUGGCAAAGAAAUUCGAAGUGCAGCCGGCCCAAAAAGGAUCGAAGAGCAAAUCGAACCAAUCAUCGGGUGACAAUUCAAAGGACAAGAAGAAAAAGCGUACAAAGCGUUCGGGUGGCUCAAAAUCGAAAGAAUCCUCCGAGCCACCACCAUCAUUGUCCGCCUUCAAGUGGCAAAUGGCGAUCAGUGCGCUUCUUGUCUUCAGUUCAGUUGUUAUCACUUUGAUGGUAUUGAUUGAUGGUCUUAUGUGAUUUGAAUAAAGGUUUUAUGGGUUUUAUUUAUUAUUAUUUUAAUGUGAUUUGAAUGAAGGUUUUUUUUGGCAUUUUAUCAA